UAUGUGCAACUGCAACUAUCUCUCAGUCCACACACACAAUUCCUCUCCAAAAUGGCAACAUUUCUUUGGGCUUGGGUUUCUACCUUCUGCAUUUUAUUGGUCAUUGCAAAUGCGCAAGCACCCGCAGCUUCACCUUCUAAUACCCCAUCAGCGACGCCUACACCAGCCGCUGCAGCAUCACCACCAACUGUAGCCACGCCAUCAGUCGCCCCAACCACUCCACCGCCACCACAACCUCCAAUAAGCCCACCCGUUGCAAGUCCAACCCUCCCACCGGCAUUACCACCAGCUGUACCUCCACCACAAGCAUCCCCCACACCAACGCAGCAGCCAGCACCGGCUCCUGCUGUAAAAGCACCUGCACCAGCACCAGUAGUACAGGCACCGGUGUCCCCACCUGUGGCAUCACCAGCACCAGCACCGGCUUUACAACCACCGGUCCCUGCACCAGUGGAGGUCCCCUCACCUGCACCAGCACCCGCCAAGCACAAGAAACAAAAGCACAAACACAGGCAUCACCAUGCACCAGCACCGGCACCGAUUGUUGUUAAAAGCCCUCCGGCACCACCAACCUCCCAAGACACAGAAGACACAGCACCGGCACCCUCACCAACCUUAAAUUUGAAUGGCGCCAUCACACUUGAUCAGCAUGGAAGAACAAGAAUGCAGGUGACCGUCGGAUUGGCCCUGACUACCUUGUUGGCUGUCAGCGGUUUCUUCUUCUAAUUUAUACUGUGGGACCAUUUUGGCAUUGGAGAAAGGUGUAUUGGCAUACAGAAGAGGAUCAGAGCAGUUUUAUCUAUAUGAUAUUCAUUCAUUAUCUCCAAAAUGUUUUACUAUCAUUUAUAAAUUUAAAAUUUGACAUAUUUUUCAA